AUAUCGAAUCAUGUUUUGCUCAGCCCUUGGUAAAUUCCUUCCCUGUUUCUAUGAAUGUGUUUAUGUUUAAAUACUUUACUUUUACGAAGAUAUUACCUGCCAUCGAUAUCGUCGAUAUCCACGAUAUCUUAUCGAUAUCGAAUCAUAAUUGUUAAGAGCAUAUUACUUACCAAUCUUCACCCUAAUACAAAAACUUUAUAUUUACAUCACUUCUGUGUUUAACAAGUUUACUUUACUGUCGAUAUCGACGAUAUCGUAUCAAUAUCGAAUCAUGAUUGUUAAAACAUUUUCAAGAAUUUUCACCCUAAUCCAACAUCUUACUCUAAAUCUAAUUUAAAACAAUAACAACCCUAAAAUUUUCUUAAUCAUAUUAAUUUAUUUUUAUAUUCAUGACAAUAAGGAAUCAAUUUUGACUUCACUUGUGACUUUCUUAAAUUCUGUUAUACCUCAAUGUGAAAAUAAAUUGUGCAAAUAGGAUCGAUAUCGAUACGAUAUCGUCAUGAUAUUGUCGAUAUCGACGACAUCGACAUAAUAUAGAGUCUCAAAUACGGCACCAGGUAUUUCCAAUUAAUAGUGUUCACCAUGAUCGAUAUCGAUACGAUAUCGACAUAAUAUUGUCGAUAUCGUCGAUAUCGACAUCGCAUUUGUUCUUGGACUUGUAUCGAGUCGAAGUGUUGGGACAUUUCCACAUAGACGCUAGGAAACCAGAUGGUGGGAAAUAUAAAACAACAUCGCUUGAAAAUAUCCGCCAUGGACUGAAUAGGUUUCUUAGAUCACCGCCUCAUAACAAGACUUUCGACAUCAUUAAAGACGCUGCAUUUCAGGAUGCAAAUCAGAAUUUCAAGGCGAUGGUGGCCGAGUUGAAGAGGGAGGGACUUGGAUCUAUAGUACACCAUCCCGUGACUGCAGAGACGGACAGGACAAAACUAUACACAUCUGUAUAUCUGAAUCCAGCAACACCUAGUGGAUUGUUUAAUAAAGUUCAUUUUGAUAUCAGGCUAUACUUUUUCAGACGAGGUUGUGAAAACAUCUCCAACAGGACAAAACACACAUUUGUCAUUAAAAAGAAUGUAAAGACAGGCUUGCGUUUUGUGACUAAGGGCCUUGACGAGCUGACCAAAAAUCCCAGAGAAAGUGACAAAGAAAAUAUAUCCCCUAUUAUGCCAGAGACACCAGGUUCACCAUAUUGUCCUGUCAGAAGUUUUGAAAAAUACAUCAGCAAAUUGAACCCAGAACUUGACCGUCUCUGGCAGCGGUCCUUGUCGUCUUUCACUGAUGAUGAUGAUGUGUGGUAUGCCAAAGUGCCUGUUGGUGCUAAAACCAUUGCAACAUUCAUGUCUGAUCUCAUCAAAAAAUGUGAUUUAUCUAAAAAUUACACAAAUCAUUCUUUUCGGGCAACGGGAGCCACAAUGCUGUCCAAAGGAAUGUAUAGCCCAUCACAAAUUAUGGCGGUGACUGGUCACAAAUCAGUCCACUGUCUUAUACCGUGUAUCAGAGGGUUGACGAGGAUGAAAAGAUGAAAAUGGGACAAAGCAUCUCGG